AUGACUUGCUGCAGGCCACGCAAAGAUAGACCGGAUAGCAAUUGCACUAAUGGAGCUAUGAAUUGUUCUGCAAUCGCAGUAGCAGAUACCCCCACUACAGCUAGAGCGGCUAUGCAUUGCGCGACCUCACCCUCACAUGAUCAGCAGCCAGUUGGAGAUGUUUCUGGCGAGGAGAUAGUCGUUACGCCUGCGCGAGUGCCGCAAUUCAGAAGCUUUGGGCAUCAAGACCAAAGUUCAUCUUCCUCUAUUAGCCUCCACGAGGGGGCUAAAAGCUUUCGGCUCGACUCCUGUGACUCUUGUAGGCAUGUGAACCAUCGCCGUCGCAAGCGGAAACACCGGAGGGAUGAGGAAAAUCAUAAAUCUACAACUAUUGAAGAUAUUGUUCAGUUAUGUAAGAGCACAUUUGACGCGGUGGAAAAACAGUCAUCAGCAAUGCUGUUAGAGGAAAAAAGAGUCUCGGAGGUCGCUGCCAAUGAUGGAAAAAGUGUGCACAUACAAAGAAAACUUCUUAAUGACCCGCUAACUCCAAUAUCAUCAUCUAGGCUAAAUCCUUGA